GUUUUGCAGGGAGAUGGCCCAGCUCCAGGAAAACGUCGAUGGCAUCACUGCUGUUUUCUACGUGUGCACCAGAAGCAACGGCACCUGCAGCCCCCUGAGCAGGGAGGAGCUGAGGCAGCUCAUCAAGCAGGAGUUUGUGGACGUGCUGGAGAACCCCCAGGACCCCAAAACCCUCAAGAAAGUGCUGUGCUUCCUGGAUGAUGACAGCAACUGCAGAGUUGACUUCAGCGAGUUGCUCAGCCUGGUUUUCCAUGUGGCCAAGGCUUGUUACAAGCCGCUCCAGCAGCACCAGGCACCAGAGGGUUGUCAAGAGCCAACAGUGCAAGAGAAGGCCAGUGGGGAGCGGCCACCAGGGCCAGGCACAGCCGAGAGGGUCUCCCACAACCAACAGGUCUCCAAGCAGGGUGUGAACAAUGAGGUUCAGGACACUGAAACACAGGACCCAGACAACCGUGAAAUCCAGGAGGGUGAGACAUCAAAGUGGGACCAAGACAACCAGCAAACCCAGGAGGGUGAGACAUCAAAGCAGGACCAGGACACACGUCAAACCCAGGAGGGUGAGACACCAGAGCAGGACCAGGACAACCAUCAAACCCAGGAGGGUGAGAUACCAGAGCAAGACCAGGACAACCAUCAAACCCAAGAGGGUGAGACAUCAAAGCAGGACUGGGACACACGUCAAACCCAGGAAGGUGAGACACCAGAGCAGGACCACGACAACCAUCAAACCCAGGAGGGUGAGACACCAGAGCAGGAUCCGGACGCCCAUCAAAUCCAGGAGGAUGAGACACCAGAGCAGGACCAGAACAUCCAUCAGGAUGAUGGUACUGAAGCACCAGAAGCAGGUCUAGAGAUAGGUGAGAGCCUGGACACUGCAACCCCAGAGCAGGACAGAAAUACCCACAAGGCUGAAGACACUGAGACGCCAAACCAAGAGGCAAAACCCCAGGCCCAAGAAACUGAGGCACCAGGACAGGGUUCAAACCACCAUCAGACCCCAGAGACAGAGUCAGCAGAGCAGAACCUGAAUUGUCCCUCAGAGACACGAGGAAGAGACCCAAACAACAAGACCCAGGUCUGCGAGGCCCCUUGGCAGGACCCCAGCAACACCCAGAAGCUGCUGCCCCCACAGCAGGGUGCAAGCCCCCGUCGGCAUCCCAAGCCCCGGGGAAUGUGCCAUGAUCCAGCUUGCCAUCCGCUCCCUGAACCCCAGGUGCUGGAGCAGGAGCACAGCAGGACAGAGGCUCUGUCUUGCCCGGCACAACAGCAACAAGAUGCUCAUCACCAAAGACAACCCACCAUAGAGCAACAGCUCCUGCAGCCCCUGUACGAGUGGCCGCUACAGCCGUAAAGGCUGAAACAAGCCC